AUGCCGGGUGGAGUCUGUGCCGUCCUCGACUAUGAGGUCGACAUGAUGGCUGAAUACGUUGCGGAGAUGGCUACGCGAGUGGUCACUCCGGAGGCGGCUAUUUCUACGCCCUUUCGCAAGUUUGUCUCCCAGAUCCUCACCUCGACGAGACUUCCGAGCACCACGAUCCUCCUUGGCAUGAACUAUCUCGCCAAGCGGAUCAACGCGAUGAAGGAGCAGGGGCCGUACAAGGCUUCGGAGGGUCAGGUCUGGCGCUACCUCACGGUCUCGCUUCUCCUGGGCAGCAAGUUCCUUGAUGACAACACGUUCCAGAAUCGCUCCUGGUCCGAGGUCAGCGGCAUUGCCGUGUCGGAGCUCAACUCCCUCGAGUUCGACUGGGUUCAGGCCAUGAGCUGGAGGCUCUACGUCAACCUGGAUCUCAGCAAGGAUUAUCAGGCGUGGCUUGAGAACUGGAGAGACUGGCAGCAGAUGAAGAAGCGCCAGGCGGUGCAGGCAAGUCGGGAGAGGCUUGCCUCUCUGGUCCCCGCAAUCGACACGGAGCUUGCGAGAUAUCACAACAACCGCCAGUCUCCCCACUCUCGCUACAUCCAGGAGCAAGUUGCCGAGUACGAGCGCUACCAGGCCAUCAAGGCUCAACAGCGACCCUACCGGGCACGGGAUGCCGCCUGGGCGCACAACCCUUGGAGCGCGCCUCUGACCCCUCCAGACUCUGGUUAUGGUACUCCGGACUACGGCAUGUCCGCUACUUCCAGCAAUGCUCGGUACAACGAGUGGUUCGCUCAGGCUACGGCCCAGUACACGAACCGGUACCCGCAGCCGCCCGCUCACAAUGCGUUUUACCCCAACCGGCAGACCCCGUACCCUGGGCAUUACGCCUACAACCAGGGCAUGUGGGAGCAACACAGUCUCGCUGAAUGCAACUGCCAGACCUGCAUGACCCCGAUGAAGCAACAGGCGCCAUACUUCAUGGCCCAUGGCUAUGGACAGCCCGUUGUGGGGUGA